AUGGUCGGCCACCGUCUCCACUCAAGGUCACGGCAACAACAACAAGAACAACAACAGCAACAACAACAACAACAACAACAACAACAACAACAACAACAACAACAACAACAACAACAACAACAACAACAACAACAACAACAACAACAACAACAACAACAACAACAACAACAACAACAACAACAACAACAACAACACCAACACCAACAACAACAACAACAACAACAACAACAACAACAACAACACCAACAACACCAACAACAACAACAACAACAACAAAAACAACAACAACAACAACAGCAGCAACAGCAACAACAGCAACAACAACAACAACAGCAACAACAACAACAACAACAACAACAACAACAACAACAACAACAACAACAACAACAACAACAACAACAACAACAACAACAACAACAACAACAACAACAACAACAACAACAACAACAACAACAACAACAACAACAACAACAACGGCGGCGGCAAGAAGCAAGUAAGACUUCCAACCAAUCCAUUCUUGGUCGCUACUCCUCAUCAAGUUCUUCACCACAUCAACCCUUCUCAUCUAAUCCCUCUCAACCCGCUAAGCCCUAA